AUGGCCCCAACCCCGAUCCCAAUCCCCCUCUUCGCCUCAACCCAACUCCACCUUCUCCUCCAAGAACACGAAGCCGAAGUCUCCUCCUCCAAACUAGCCAGCACAGCUGCCUCCGUCUCCCCCGCAACACGCCGCACCCUCCAAGCAACCGGCUCCGCCCUAACAGGCCUCGUCCUCUCGCAGUGCCGCACCGGACUGGGCGGACGUGUCGUCGGCGAAUUCGCACCCGAUCCAGCCGUCGCCUCAGACGAGACUAGAUCCGCAGACGGGACGCCGCGUCUUGGAUCGCACGGAAUUCGCGUCGGGGAUGUGGUGAGGGUGAAUGACGUUGCUGCGGGGUCGAAGAAGGCCGCGGGCGGGAAGGACAAGGAAAAGGAUAAAGGCGAGAAGGGCGGACCUGAAGGUGUCGUUACGCGGACUGGAGAGCGCGCCAUUUGGAUUGCGUUCGGGCAGCAGGGUGGCGGGGCACGAUCGAAGGAGGACGAUGAGGCCAUUGAGGAGCUUUGGGGGAAGAAGCUGUGGGCUAUUAAACUUGCCAAUGAUGUUACGUAUCGGAGGAUGAGACAGACUAUGGAGAAGAUGGUCAAAAUGACUGAGUCGGAUUAUACGCAUUUCAUGCGUGUUGCGUUUGGGCAUACGACUCCGCUACAACUGGGUGAUACUGAGACGGUGGAAUUUGUGGAUCCGUCGCUGAAUGAUUCGCAAAAGGAUGCUAUUCGAUUCGCGCUGGCGUCGAGGGAUAUUGCUUUGAUCCAUGGUCCACCUGGGACGGGAAAGACCCAUACUCUGAUUGAGUUGAUCUUGCAAUUGGUUCGGCGCAAAAAGCGUGUCCUCGUCUGCGGUCCAUCGAACGUUUCUGUUGAUAAUAUUGUCGAACGGCUGGCUCCUACGAAGGUUCCUGUUGUGCGCAUUGGACAUCCGGCUCGUCUACUUCCUUCUGUUCUUGAGCAUUCCCUUGAAGUCCUUACGCAGACCUCUGAUGCUGGGGGAAUUGUGAAGGAUAUUCGGAAGGAGAUCGAUGAGAAACAGGCUAGCAUCCGAAAGACUCGGUCUGGUCGUGAGCGACGAGGUAUCUAUGAUGAUUUAAAGCAGCUCCGGAAGGAGUUCCGGGAACGCGAAUCUAAAUGCGUGGACAAUUUGGUGCGCGAGAGUAGCGUGGUUCUGGCUACUCUGCAUGGCGCUGGAGGUCAUCAACUGAAGAACCAGAAGUUCGAUGUUGUGAUCAUCGACGAGGCGAGUCAAGCCCUGGAAGCACAAUGCUGGAUCUCUCUUCUAGGCGCAGAGAAAGUUGUGCUUGCAGGUGACCAUCUGCAAUUACCUCCGACCGUCAAAUCUGGACAGAAUUCCAAAGAUAAACCUUCCAAGGGUAAGGCCGAAGAGCCAACGGCUGGAACCGACCAGGAAAUGCUCAAGGGCGUAUCGCUUGAGCGCACCCUGUUCGACCGUUUAUUGGCGCUGCACGGACCGGGAAUCAAACGCAUGCUGACCACACAAUAUCGAAUGCAUGAGAAGAUCAUGCGAUUCCCGUCCGAUGAGCUCUACGAGGGGAAGCUGAUAGCCAGCGAUGCGGUCAAAGCCCGAUUGCUGAUCGACCUGCCUUACGAAGUCGAAGGUACCGACGAUACGCAGGAGCCCCUCGUAUUCUGGGAUACACAAGGCGGGGAUUUCCCCGAAAAGGCAGAGGAGGAUGAUAUCACCAAAAAGGGGGCAUUGCUCGGAGACAGCAAAAGCAACGAGAUGGAAGCUAUGGUCGUUGCCAGACAUGUGGACACGCUGGUUGAUGCGGGUAUUCGGCCCGAAAGCAUUGCCGUGAUCACCCCUUACAACGGGCAAUUGGCUCUACUAUCACGAAUGCUGCGAGAGAAGUAUCCAGGGAUUGAACUUGGCAGUGUGGAUGGAUUCCAGGGGCGCGAGAAAGAGGCCGUUGUGGUGAGCUUGGUGCGCAGCAAUGCGGAGCACGAAGUGGGCUUCCUUGGCGAGAAGCGCCGGUUGAAUGUGGCUAUGACACGCCCCAAGCGACACCUGUGUAUUUGUGGGGAUUCGGAGACGAUCAGUCGUGGCAGCAGCUUCCUCAAGCACUGGAUGGAUUUUCUGGAAGAGAAUGCCGACCUGCGAUACCCCGACGCCGGAGACCUGCUCUAG